ACUCAAGCUUCUAAGAAAUCUUACCUCCAUUUACUCUCACUCCGCAUUCUCUCUUUCUCACUCUCUCUCUCUCUCUCUCUCUCUCUCUCUCACACACACACACACACACACACACACACACACACUCUGUCACAGACACACAUUAAGACUUAUAGUUUUAUAUACUUUAGAUAGAUUAAAUAAGAUUGAAAGCAAUAUAUGCUUGUACAAGUUAAGAAAGAUGAGGAAUUUUGUUGGAAUUAAUAAGAAUUUUGUUUUCUGCGUCAUAUUAAUAAAUGUUUUGGAUCACUCUAUUUGCAUUGAAUCAUCAGAAACACACCCACAAGUACCAUCCUCACAGCCACAGGAAUCGUCAGACAGAGUAAUAAAUCUACCAGGGCAACCUUCAAGUCCAUCAAUCUCCCACUUUUCAGGAUAUAUCACUGUCAAUCAAGAUCAUGGUAGAGCUCUUUUCUACUGGUUCUUUGAAGCACUCUCUCAACCUGACUCUAAGCCUCUCCUUCUCUGGCUUAAUGGAGGUCCUGGUUGUUCAUCAAUUGGAUAUGGAGCAGCUGUAGAGUUGGGUCCUCUCAGAGUUAGUGCAAAUGGCACUGGCCUUCAAUUCAAUGAAUUUGCUUGGAAUACAGAAGCCAAUUUGUUAUUUGUGGAAUCUCCUACUGGAGUUGGAUUUUCUUACUCCAAUACAUCUUCUGACUUCACCAAAUUUGAGGACACCAUUUCCUCUGAGAAUGCCUACAUCUUCUUAGUAAACUGGUUGAAAAGGUUUCCCCAGUUCAAAACUCGUGAUUUCUUCAUAGCAGGGGAGAGUUAUGCAGGUCAUUAUGUUCCUCAACUCGCGGAACUUGUAUAUGAUCGAAACAAAGAUACAACUAAAUACCCUCUAAUCAAUCUCAAAGGCUUUAUAGUGGGAAAUCCAGAAACAGAUGAUUACUACGAUUACAAGGGAUUGCUAGAAUAUGCAUGGAGUCAUGCAGUGAUAUCAGAUCAACUGUAUGAAAAAGCCAAACAAGUCUGUGAUUUCAAGCUCUCCAUUUGGUCUGAAGAAUGUAACAAAGCCAUGAGCCAAGUCUUUGAAGAAUAUAGAGAGAUUGACAUCUACAAUAUUUAUGCCCCAAGAUGUCUUAUCAAAAACAAUAAUGCGAAAAACGAUAGCAACAAUACUGAAUCACUCACUAAGGUUAUGAAUAGCUAUGGACUGAGGAAGAUGAGAAUCUUUGGAGGAUAUGACCCUUGUUAUUCCACAUAUGCAGAAGAAUAUUUCAAUCGAUUGGAUGUCCAAACUUCCCUUCAUGUAAACGUUGAUGGAAGAUCUCAAGUCAAAUGGAAAGUCUGCAAUGAUUCAAUCUCGGUGGCAUACAAUUUUACUGUUUCUUCUGUCCUUCCAAUCUACACCAAACUCAAGGAGGGUGGAUUAAAAAUAUGGAUUUACAGUGGGGAUGCAGAUGGCAGCGUACCAGUGAUUGGAUCUAGAUACUGUGUUGAGGCUCUACAUCUGCCUCUCAAAUCUCCUUGGCGUUCUUGGUACCACAACCAACAGGUUGGAGGGAGAAUAUUGGAGUACGAAGGGUUAACAUUUGUGACGGUGAGAGGAGCAGGUCAUUUGGUGCCUCUUAACAAACCCAGUGAAUCUCUUUCCCUCAUUCAUUCUUUCCUCACCGGUCAUCAUCUCCCUAUCCACCCAUAAUUUCUGACCAUAAUAUAUAUGUUAUGUAUAUACAAACUUCUUUAGAAUAACCAAUAAUAGACCGUUCAAUAAUAAAUACAAUAAGUUUUUUGAUUAAAUGGUUCAAUGUUAUUGAAUAUAGUGUAUGAUUGCGCCAAGGAUGUGAUGCCACGGUAUACUUUCAACUUAUUUUCUCAGUUUAAUUGUGUAAUGUUUCAAUUCUAUUAUUAGUUACCCCUUUGUAUUACUAUUAACUAUUAGGGUUAAUUACACUGCACAGUUUUGUUUAUUAGUUAUCCUUUUGUAUUACUAUUAACUAUUAGGGUUAAUUACACUGCACAGUUUUGAGGUUUCAGUUAAUUACAACCGGAUGCCUUCAUUUUUACAUAAUUACAUUCUCAUCUCUUCUGACAAAACUUCAUCCA